AUGGGUGCUAAUGGCAAGACGGAAAACGACGUGGGGCAGUUCAUCAUAGCAGAGGAGUUUAAGGGCGAAUUGAAGUGCGAAAUCGCGGCUUUAGGCUUGUUGAAAACAAUGAAGGAAAAACAACUAAACCAGGAUGCCGAAAUGAGGGAGAACCUGAAGAAAUUCCGCAUAUUACGACGUACAGGAGAAUAUGAGCUGAUCCAGCAGUUGAACACUCAGUUUACGUCUUACGCCAAAUUUUUGAUAAAUCCACGUGCGCAACCGUGGUCAAAGCAAGAUAUGGAAGACCUUAAGCAUUGGGUUGAUCACGAAAAUCAUCAAGACGAAAUGGGGCAAAGCGACUUAUGGAACUAUGGCCGCCAUGUGAGCCCUGAUAAUCGCCCCUCGGAGUGCUCUAUGUGGCACUUACCAGCCAAGGGGUUUGCUCCCGCUUACGUUGCUAAGCACGGCAACGCUAUCGACAAUGCGAUUAAAGCUCUUGAAUCGAUAAUUGAUACGAAACGUGCAGUAAAAGAAAGUACAACUAAGCGAAAGCUGUUCGUCGCUGAAGACGAGGACGAUUCCCUUGGCGGCCACUUUGAUGGUGACCCUCGGCCGGUAGAUGUCGGGGCUUUCCAUGAAUGGGCGCUGAAACGCCAUAUCAAUUGGUCUGUGCCAGGCAGGCGGAGUCGCGCUAGGAUAAAGCAGUAUCGUCUAUUUGCGACUGCGAGAGAGCUCGAGCAGUGUGACGUGUCAAUGAUUCCGGACGGAUACUUCAAGCUGGAAAGGGAGAACCUGAAACCGACUCUCAAGAACGAACCGCUAUCUCUGUACCCCUAA